GGUUUUUAAAGAAAUGAAUGAAUGUCAAUUUCAAAACGCUGAUGAAUAAAGUUUUUGCCAUAUCAAUUAGUAAAUUAUAUUCAGUUUCAAUGUAGGUUUACUGAGCUGGAACAAGCAUGACUUCGAGCGGUCGUACGAAGACCUCGUCCGAUACCUUCCGUACACAGAAGAAUGGACGACCGACGACAAGUUCAUUUUUUCGCAGGCGUUUGCGUUGCAUGGAAAGUUUUUCGACAAAAUUCAAAAGAUGCUACCCCAUAAAACUCGCGCUAACUUGGUGAACUAUUAUUACUUGUCGAAGAAAACGACUUUGCAGCAGACCAGUGCCUUGCAGCAAAUCGGGAGUCGUGAAAGAGAAAAUGAAGAAACCGACAGUAUUCCUGGCGAUCCUUCCGCUGAUUAUUCUUCCGGUCGAAAAACUCGCAAUUGCAUCAACUGUCACAUGUGGAUUCCGCAGUUGCAGUCUACUCUGAAAGGACCGAUGUGCCUCACAUGUUUCGCAUACUGGAGGUUUACGAACGUUGUGUUUUACCCUGAUGCAAUAAUCGUUGCCCUGAAACUAGAGUUGUUGCUUUCUGCGCGCUGGAAACUCAGCGUUCGCUUCUGGUUCUUGGGAUCCCAUGGAAAAAUGCCUACGGUUUCAAAGCGAUAUUGCAGCAAAUAUACGAGACCGACGUACAAACUUCCCAGUGGUUUACGACUUAACCCGAACGAGCUGUUGAUGAUCCGCGAGGCCAGUUACACGAAGACUGCAAUGGAAACAAUCAACCAUCUUUGUAACAGCGUCACGUCCACAAGGCGGGUGACACAAACGAAUGAAUCAUUGCUGGAGUCCAUGAAGUCGUCCUUUGACCCAGACUAUUUUCUUAACGAGAUUCCAAAAUGGCUGGCAAGUUAUGAUCGUUACUUUGAACCAUCCGGUAAGCUCCAUUAGAA